UGUGAGGUGGCGUAUACGACUUAUUAAAACAGCAGGAAAUGCCCUUGGAGGUGAGCCAACGAGGAUCUCACCCUGUCGUGCUCUGACCGGAUUUGGCGAAGUUUGGACUUGCUCGCUGAAAUGCUCUGCUGCUUUGGUGAAUGAGUUUAAACAGUCUUGAAAUCUUUGAUUGGCGUCAGGUUUUGCGCUUGACUUAAUAGCAGACAUAUAGAAGCGAUAUUCUCUGUGAGACUUCAGUUGGGGACUGAAUAUGGAGAUGCAAGGCCGCUUAGUGGACUCCACGUUAAUACAUUUUGUCAGUGAUAUGAACCUGAAUGAGUUUCCGCAAAAGUAUGUUUUAGAACCCAGGCAGCAGGUGGAUAAUACCCCAUCCAGUCCGUACAACCACACACGGCUGAAUGACUCAUCCUGGAAUCGGAGCCUAGAAAACGGGGCGCGCACUGCGGAGCUCCGCGCCGACCAUCUAGUGAUGAGCGCACCGAGAUACUACAGCCGCGGAGCGCACGGACACACCAAGUCCAAACGGAGGAGGAUCAUCACCGUGGUCCAGCGGCAGGCAGCCAAUGUGCGGGAAAGGAAGAGGAUGUUUAGCCUGAAUGAAGCGUUUGAUGAACUGAGGAGGAAAGUUCCCACAUUCGCUUACGAGAAGAGACUGUCCCGUAUUGAGACACUUCGUCUGGCCAUCGUCUACAUCUCCUUCAUGAUGGACCUGCUGGAGAGCACCUGAGACACCAUGGGCCAACGCAACCUUUAUUUAAGAAGACUCCCCU